UUUUGUCGCUCGCUAUUUGACUCAUUCGUUUUCGUUCGUUUACCGGCCGCAUGUAAGAUUAUAACACGUGUUUUCUCAAAAAUUUUUACUCCGUAUAAAAUUAAAUAAAUAAUUAAAGGUAAAUUAUUAUAUUGUUCUAUUUUUAUCGGAGUACGCUACUAAUUACUCAGCGGGGGUAUACUUUUAUCAUAUCUCCCAGGCAUCACCAUGACUGAAGAGAAGGAAACUGAUGUAGCAACUAAAACCAACGGAGAAAAUACUAAAAAUGAUAGUUGUGUGGACGAAAACGAAGUGGAUAAUGCGAUCAUACGGCAAGUGGAGUAUUACUUCAGUGAUGUAAAUCUGCCUCGUGACAAGUUUCUGCGUGAGCAAGUGAAGUUGGAUGAUGGAUGGAUACCGAUCGAGGUUCUGACCACAUUCAAUCGUCUUGCCAAAUUGUCUAAAGAUGUCAAUGUCAUAGCUAAAGCACUAAAUAACUCUACAUCUGGAUUAUUGGAGGUAUCAGAAGACAACAAAAAAGUGAGAAGAAGUCCAGAGAUGCCAAUUCCAGAGAUGAAUGAGGAACGCCGCAAAGAACUCAUGUCUCGCACAAUUUACGCCAAGGGUUUCCCAAAGCAUUCUGUAUUAGAUGACUUGUUGAAAUUCUUCAAACAGUAUGAGGAAGUGGAAAACGUCUUAAUGAGGAGGUAUCUGGAUUCACACACCAAAGCUAGGCAUUUCAAAGGAUCUGUAUUUGCUACUUUUAAAACAAAAGAGCAGGCUGAAAAGUUUGUAAACUCAAAGCCAGUAAAAUAUAAUGAUACUGAACUGUUAAUUCAUUGGCAAGAGGAGUAUGUAAAGUUGAAGCAAGAAGAAUUUGCAGCCAAGAAAGCUAAGAAGGAACAGAAGAAGGAGAAAGAUGCAGAAGCUAAGGCUGACAAGGAGGAAUUAAAGCUGCCAACUGGAACAGUGCUACAUUUCAGUGAAGGUGAUGACAAGAUGACGAGAGAAGACGUCAAAGAAGCCCUCGGUGCUUUAGGUGCUGAUAUAGCUUUUAUUGAUUUCAAAGUCGGCGAUAGCGAAGGUUGGGUUCGUCUUACUAAAGAAAACGCUGCCAAAGAGGUAUCAGAAAAAAUUACAGAUGGCAAAAUAAAAAUCAAUGAGAAAUCGGUCGUAUUUAGGGUAUUACAAGAUGAGGAAGAGAAAGCUUAUUUGAAAAAGACCGUCGAGGAAAUGGUUAAAAGACGUAAAAACCAGCACAAUCACCACAAACAAAAUAAAGGAAAACACUUUAAAGGCAAACAGGGGCAAGGAAGAAAGAGGAAACAAGAGCAGUCUGAUGAUGGUCCACCAUCCAAAACUAAAGUCUCGAGUUAGUUUAUAAUAUAAUAUUAAUUUUUAUAUUGGAUAUUAUAUAUAAUAAGUGAAGGUUUUAAAAGCCUCGAGAAGUCGUAAAUCUUUGUUAUCUUUUUAUUUUCACUAAUUAAAUGUCACUAUAAUAAUGACUUAUUAUUACUGUAUUCAACUGUUUUACUUAUGAAAGAUUGGAUUUCAUAAAAAAACUUUGUAUCUAUGUUACAAUAAAUCUGAAUAUCUUCGA